AUGCACGAUGCCGUCCUAGACUACUACGGCCGAAAGCUGGCGACCUGCUCCAGCGACAGAACCAUCAAGAUAUUUGAAGUCGAGGGCGAGACCCACCGUCUACUAGAGACACUCAAAGGACACGAAGGCGCAGUAUGGUGUGUAGCGUGGGCGCACCCCAAGUUUGGCAACAUCCUAGCGUCGGCAGGCUACGACGGCAAGGUCUUCAUCUGGAAGGACCAAGGGACGCAGCAGACGGCACAGUGGCAGCGCAUCUACGACUUCUCUCAGCACAAGGCUUCGGUCAACAUUGUGGCCUGGGCCCCCCACGAGGCCGGGUGUCUCCUGGCCUGCGCCUCGUCGGACGGCAAUGUCAGCGUCCUCGAGUUCAAGGACAACGCCAUCGACCACGCUACCUUCCACGCCCACGGCCUGGGCGUCAACUCGGUCUCGUGGGCGCCUGCCACCGCUCCGGGCAGCCUCGUCAGCAGCAGCAGCAGCAGCAAUGCCGGCGCCAACCGCCGCUUCGUCACCGGCGGCUGCGACAACGUCCUCCGCAUCUGGUCCUACGAUGUGGCAUCCCAGGCCUACCAGAAGGAGGGCGACGACCUCGACGGCCACUCCGACUGGGUCCGCGACGUCGCCUGGUCACCCACCCUCCUCCAAAAGUCGUACAUCGCCAGCGCCUCGCAGGACAAGACGGUGCGCAUCUGGUCGUCCGACCCCUCCACCCCGACCGCCGCCUGGGACUCCAAGGUCCUCAACUUCGAGGCUCCCGUCUGGCGCGUCAGCUGGUCCCUCAGCGGUAACGUUCUCGCCGUCAGUGGCGCCGACAACAAGGUCUCGCUGUGGAAGGAGAAUCUUCGUGGAGAGUGGGAGUGUGUCAAGUCGAUUGAGGAGUAG